GGUAAUGGAAAAUGGGAGGGGAGAAACCUCCUGGCUCCUCGAUUGCUCAGAUAUUCCUUAGAAUCAGAACUGAAAGAGACAACUACUGUGCUGCACAUUGAAGAACGCAAGCCUUUUGGAGGAACCUGCCCUUCAGCUCCAGAUUUCCCAUCAAAACAAGACCAUGAGCAUCCAGGAACACAACCACUCAUUGGACUUCUUGAAUGGCACACCAUGGUUUGUGUACGACUGCACCAUUGAGCUAGAUGGAAACUACAGACGUAUUGUCCUCUUCCUGCUUUACCUUUUCAUCUUUGUGAUUGGCCUGCUGGAGAACCUGAUAGUCGUCUGGGUAAACUGGCGUCGACGACACUCAGCCAACGGGGUCCUGUUCUGCAUCAUCAAUGUGAGCCUGUCAGAUCUGAUGGUGAUUGUGAUCCUGCCGUUUUUCAUGAUGGAGGUGACCAUGGAUAAGGUUUGGCUGUGGGGCCACUUUCUAUGCAAGGUCACCAACCUCAUCUAUGUGGUCAACCUUUACAGCAGCUCCUUCUUCCUGGCCUUCAUGACACUAGAACGCUAUCUGUCGAUGACAAGACCAUCAUCCUCAGCUUUAUUCCCUGUAACUGGCAGGCAGCGCUGGGUGGUCUGUGGAGGUCUGUGGGUGUUCUCCUUGUUUCUGGCUCUGAUUGAGAAUGUCCAUGUGGAUCUUCUUGAGUGGGAUGAACCAGGCUGCUAUAUGCUGCCGGAGUACAACUAUACUGAAUGGUUUGUGUCGGUGGCUUUUCUUACCUUGUUCUUCCAGUUUCUCUGUCCUGCUGCUGUCAUCAUCACCUGCAAUGUAUUGAUUGCUCGUGCAGUUCAAACAGUGCCAGAUGUGCAAGGCCGGGGGGACGUGUGGCUGGUGCAUGUGUACUCACUUGUGUUUGUUAUGUGCUGGCUGCCCUACCAUCUGGUCAUGUUCCUGAUUAUCAUAGAUGAUCUCGACCCACAUGUUUUUAGCUGCAACACUGUGGAAAUCCUCUACUUCUCAUUUAGCGUAGUUCAAAGUCUCUCCCUUUUCCACUGUGUCGCAAACCCUUUCCUUUACAACUUCCUCAGUAAGAGUUUUCGCAACAACUUGAUCAACACUGUAGUAAACUAUAUACCCAGAGAAGGGACUGUAAACCAGGUGGAGGUAGGGGCCAAACCCUGUACUCUUAAAGCAAGCGAGGAAGAACUGGGGAAACGGCAGAAGUUCAGUGAUGCCAGCACCAGCCAGUCUGAUGUGCGAACAUAAAAAAAGACAGAAAAAAAUAUGCUGACAAUAGUGUAACUGUGAGUUACACUGAAUGAAUUCUAAGCAUUUAAGAAGCAUCAAUUAAACGUCUUUUCAUAAUUCACUGUGUUUUCUUUUUCACAUAAGCACAGAGAAGUUGGAAAUUUCUUUUUUUCCCAAAGUUGCAAAUUCUCACAGUAUCUUAUGACAGUGCCUGUAAUAUCACUAUAAAGAAUAAUGACACAUUAAGAAUCUGUAGUAUAGUAAAUCACCUGCAAUCAUCAGGCAAAUGUGAACCUCUUGCAAAAUAGGAUAAUCUGUUCAACUAUAAACAAAUCUGCAUUACUGAAAACUUCAUCUUUUUUUGGGUGAUUAUGUGGUCAUGACUUAUCAUACAAUAAAAUACCCUAAAUGUUGUGUUGAUUAAUUUAAGUAUUCUAGACACAAAUUGUUUUCCCCCAAAAAGUGAAGGAAUGAAGAUGUUUGGCACAUGUAUUUGGAAGCUUUAUGUUUAGUCUACAUAGCUGCUCUUGCAUUUUCUUCUAACAAUUUCUGUGGAUCAUUUGACACUGACUGACAUUUCUGGAAUGUGUCAGGUUAAGAAGAAGGCAGGAAGCGUAAAGAAGGCAGGAAGAGUAAAGGAAAUGGGAGUGUGAUUCCACAGAUGGCACAAUAGCAGGAAGGGACAUGGCUUUAGAAGGACAAAGGUCAAAAACUGGGCAAGGCAGGAUGAUCAUGGUUUGGCACAUUUUUCUGCAGGUUCAUCAUUAAAUUUCUGAUGAUAGAUAGUUUUGUAGUAUAGGAUUGUAGUGAAAGGCCACCCGCAAAUUAUCAGUAUCGCACGUGCAAUAACCGUCAACCUAGAUGCCUUGAUUUAUUUAAAAAUAAAAAGUAAAAAUGAUAGACUUAAGAACUAUAAUAUCAUAAGUAUUAGUUAAUACAAACAUUUAAAUAGAAAAUGAAAGCACUUGUAUAUAUUGCAUCUCUAGAAAACUGGUGUCAAAUAUUGAAAACAGCCAAAAUAAGAGAUUACACAGAUUUUUAUUUUCAGGAUUAAAACAAAAAAAUCUUGAUGCCAAAAAUGAUAAACUGUCACUUAUCACAUUUCCACUACAGAGUGAAAAAUAAAAUUCAGAGGAGACAAAAAUUAAGACAAAACAAAGUACAGUGGAAACUUUUAUCUUUCAACAGCUCAGAAUAGUAAAUGGUAUGGUAAAUGAUAAAUACAGUAGCUCUUAUGACUCAUCUAACCUCUUAAAGGCAACAUAUGCUUUUGAACUGCAAGUCUUACUCACCCAUUUACACAAACUUAUAUAAAAGAGGAUGCAACUCCACACAGAAAUGUUCCUGUUUCCCCAUAAACUCUAACCAGGAAACCUUUUGAUGUGAGGCAACAGGGCUAACCACCUUGCCAUCCAUUAAAUGUUGUCUUUAAGGGAAAUUUAAAUUGAUAUGUUUGACAACUGAGAGAUUUAAACAAAAUUGAAAAAUAUAAUUGGUAUCAAAUAUUUAGCUGCAAACCAAAAUUAUUUUCUGCAAUAGAUGGCAACCAAGCAUUGUUGUAUUACACAGGAAAAGAACUGUUAUUUCAUUCAGGAAGUUGUUUGGUAAAUUAUUAGCACACAAGAGGGCAGUAUAGAGAAAGGACCUGUAGAUGUGUUUACCUUGUCUCCAGGUAGAGACAGAGGUUUGAUUAUUGGAAGUGAAAUACCUUUGAGUGGCUGCAGUUUGCUAAAUGUUUGGUUACCACAGAGAUAGUUUUGGUGUGUACUUUUACUUUUUGUAAAUUAAGGGUUGUGUAAAUUUAUUUUGAUUUGACAUUUUUCCUAACAAGAUUGUGCUUAAAUAUUUGGUACAUUAGUACUAAAUAUUAAGAAUAUCAAAUUUGUUUGCUGAGAUGAGGAUUUAAAACUACUUCAUGUAUUUUUGC